AUGAUUAACCCUUCCCAUUAUUUUGUAUGGACUUAUCGACGCCGAAUUCUAGACUUUCUCUCAAAAACAAACGAAAAUGCCUGGAAGGGAGAGCUCGAGUGGCUCAACCGGCUUACUGUCGAAGAGACUAAAAACUAUCAAAUAUGGUGCAUUUGGGGAGAUUUUAUUUGUAGGCGACAUCGUGAGCUUGUUAUUUGCAAUUUGUCCGUAAUUCCAGUGACAAAGGAGCUAAAAUUUCUGGAUGACGCUAUUUUCGGCGGCCCAACGGGAGAUCCCAAAAAUUACCAUGCCUGGGCAUAUAGGUUUGUUCGCUUCGCUAACAACAGAAUUUGGCUCGUUACUCUUUCAGGAUGCUUCAUACCGGAAUUGGUUUCAUCGGGCAAUUGGAUUAAAAGAGAUCCCUUCAAUAAUUCUGCUUGGAAUUUUAGGGCCUUUUUAGUUCGCUCAAUAAUUAGCGAUAAAAGUGUUUCCUUCGACCUUCAACUCGAAAAAGAGUAUGUUAUUGGAUGUAUCUUUUUUUAUAGCUUUGUCGACACCGUAGCACCAGGAAAUUCGAAAAACCCGAGUAGCGUAUCAUAUUUGAAUUUGCUAUCCGAAUUAAAUGUUAAAAUGUGA